AUGAGACAGAUCUCAUUACAAAAUGAGAAUCUUCUGACUCAUUUUGGCUACACGCCAAGCGAAAGCUCCAGUGACUCUGACGAAGAAAAUACAUCUGAAGACGAACAAAUAUACGCCUUUUCUGAUAAGUCAGACUCCUCUGAAGAACUCGAUGAAACCAUUGAAGAAGAUCCAAUACCUACUUCCUCUUCCGAUUCACCUAUCGAAGAAGACCCAAAGCCUCGCCCUAGAUCUAAAAAGUCUAAAGCUAAGAAACAUCGAUUUGAUACGAUUCUAGACGAAUCUUUCUAUGGCGACUUUCCCACUGAAGACUUUCUCCCUGCAGAAGAAGUCUCUGGUUCUGGCCAAAAGACAGAUGAAGAAAAAUCAAAAGCUGAACCCAAAAAACCUUCUGUCUAUUCCUCCUCGUAUAAAUACGACUUUUCUACAGUUCCUACCUGGACACGAAAAGAUGAUCUUAAUAAGUUUCCCAUUUCUCAACAUGGAACUUAUCUGGACCUUACAAAUGUCCCGUAUAAAGACCAUUUGAAAACCAUCGACGAAUGGGCGCAGUCCUUAGCCAUCCUCGUCAAUAACUAUAAAGGAACCUGGGAACGCAACCGUUUCCUUGAUUAUAUUUCAGCAACCCUACAAGGUGAUGCUCUCGAUUGGCUUCGACAAUGGGAUCAAACUUCUCAAGGCCAACGACAAAAGGAUGCACUCUUAAACAAUUUCGAUAAAAUCGAUGGUGUAUUAAGAGGAUUUGUUAAGAUUCUUAAAGAAGAAUUAGUUGGACAUACCGAUGAACAACUCCUCACUGAUGAUGCAACCUGCGCUCUUUCGAAAAUCGAAUUAUGUGACAUUUGCCGUUUUCCGGACUACGUCAAGCUAUUUACCAAAUACUUUCGUAGACUUCCACCCAAUGCUAUUGAACAUUGGUUACCCCAGUUCUUUCAUAAGCUUCCAAAUCCUUGGGAUGAACUUGCAGCCAAAGGCUAUCCCGAUUUCCUAGUACGAAUCCAAAAACCGGAUAACAUUGGUUUCCGCACUAAUUUCGUAUAUCGUCUCAUCAACGAAAAAUGUCUUAAAACCAAAGCCAAGAAACAGGUCAAAAAUCAGAUCAGUAACACUGCUGAGGGCCAACGAUGUUGCGACAAGAUUUUACAAGAAACUUGGAAAAUCGGUUGUGCACCUUCUAAAGCUACUCCUUCCAGAUCACCACCUGCACGACGAAAAAAUUUUCGUUGGAAACAAUGGAAAGCUGACAAGCGCUCAAUUCGCGCUUCAAAGAAGUACGUCACACAAGCUCCUUCUCCUCCCCCAAAAACAAAAAAAGGGAAAAAGAAAAAAGGAACCAAAAAAUCCUCUAAGGCUUCUAAAUCCAUUGAAACAAAAAAGGAUUGUAAAUGUUAUAUUUGCAAUGAAGCUGGUCAUUAUGCCACUAAUUGCCCACAAAAAGGCAAGAAAGAAUCCAAAAUGAUUAAGCAUCUACAGACAGAUAACCUCUGUGUUGUCUAUGGUAGUGACAUCACCGACCCCAAUACCAUUACGUCUCAUCAAUGA